AACGAGAGAGUUCAUAUAACAACCGAGCAGAGCAGAAGACAGCACAGCACAGCGUAGCACAGCAUCGCCGCCAUCGCCAUCAUCCAUUGCACACAAAUUUCGGGAAACAACGAGCACCGCAGAGCAGCCACAUCCACAUCCACAAACGCAAACCAACGACAAAGGCACCAACAAGGAAACAAAACAGAACGGCGGGUGACCAACAAAGACAGCGGCACGACGAAGAAUCAGACUGCGCAUUCCGGUGGAGAGACUACCAACAAACACAGCCUAGCGACAAGCACCACACCACACCACGCCAAGCAGCACGCCAAGCAGCACGCUACACUACACUACACUACACCACAGCGCAAAAUGUCCGACGAGAUGUUCACGACGCCCUCGGGCCGGCUCGAGGAGGGGGGGUUGGGCCCCUCCGACGCGGGCGGCUUUGCCACCCCCGAGGGCAGCCUGGGCGGCGCCGCCCCCAACACACCCUACCUCAGCGAGCCGCCGGCCUCGGGUGGCCUGCGGCAGGGGGAAGGCAGCGCGAGCUUUGGAAGCUCGUGGACCGAGGGCCAAGGUGGGAGCACCAGGGUCGUCCUGCUGGUGCUGGGGGCCUUUGUGGCCGUGGUGGUUGCGGUGGCGGCCGCGGUCCGGAUCUGGAAGCGCCGGAAGCGGCGCAGGGCCAUGGAAAAGAACCGGGCCCUGGCCCUCUCGAACAACCUCCGCUUCUACGCGAAUUCCGAGUGCAGCAGCCAGGGCAGCAUUAGCAUGGGCCUCCCGCUGGCGCGCAAGAAGGGACGGAAGCAAAAGCACUCCCACCGAAGAAAGGGAAGCAAGGCGGCCGCCUACCGCUUCGGGACCGGCCCGACCUACUCGGUGGGCUCCUCGUCCGGGGACGACGGCUGGCACGACGAACGAGACGACGACGACGACGACGACUCUGCCGACGUCGAACGGGGCAGCCGCCACCGCGACUGGCUCGGGGGCGUCGGCUACGACCCGAACCGCGAGGCGGAGGGGAUCGACUUCGACUCGGAUCCGUCCACCCAACACCCCGACGACUCGGACGCCAUUCUCAACAACAGCAGCAGCGACGGCGGCGGCAGCAGCAGCGACGACGGGAGCGCGGUCCUCCAGCACCGGAACCCGGUUCGAACCAAGCCCCCCACCGAUCUGCUCUCGGACCUUCCGGUCCCUUCGGCCGUGGAGGUCGGCCCGGACCCCCUUGCGGCCGGGAGCGAGACCGAAAAGUCCACCGCCUCGACGGCCCGGACCCACAGCAGCAAGUCGCGGUCCAGGGCCAAGGCCAGGCCGUCCUCAUCCUCGUCGACCUCCAAAUCCGACCUCCAGAAGGAGCAGGAAGCCCUCAACGCCAUGCUCUACGAGCUCAGCGACGAGCUGGUCCGCCAGCAGCGCGAGCUCGAGGAGGCCGCCAAGGCCAUGUCCAAGAAAAUGACCCGCCGGAAGCACAAGGAAUGCUACAACCACCACAAGAAGAUCAACGACGAGAUCGCCAGGCUGGAAAACGAGCGCAGAGACAAGAAGGAACGCCUCAGGGCCGUCCAGAAGCAGAUCAAGUCCCAGCGGAGGGAGCGCCGCAAGAAGCUCUUCUCGGAAGACUACGGCCAAUAGGGGUGGCACCGUAGCACGACCACGAUGCACACACAAUGCAUGCGAUCCACACGACACACAAACCAACACACACACACAUGCACACGAAUACACGAUAUAGCAUUAG